CUACAACUCCUAGCAUGCCAUUGCAGCAUCUGGAGGCAUACUGGUUGGGAAAUACUGGUCUGUGGACUGGCAGAGAUAGCAAAGUGCUGUAUUUGGCUAUGGUUCCAUAGACAGUGAAUGGAACAGUACUGGGCAUGUACACCAUUCACAUGGACAUUUGAAUGGCUGGAGGUCCUGACAUUGAGACCCUGAGUGGCUAUAAGUGUAUCACCUACCAUGUGGAUAGCUGAUUAUCAUCUAUUAUUCCUGGUGCAGGCCCAUUAUAUAUUGUGGGAAAACAUCCACAUAUCUGUAGGAGCAGAUACAAUAUUUUGCCGGAGUCUCAUUUGCUGGUCUUAAAGGCUACACUCUAGACAUCUAAAAAAGGUUUGUUCUGUUAACAAAAAAUAAAAACAAAUGGCUGCCCACUCAUUGGGCUCUCGACCUCGCACCGAAGAUGUUUUGCAGGGCCCUGGUGACACUACUGACUUCAGCUCGCUGCUCUUGUCCCGGCCAGUUCUUGAGGGCUUGGAGGCAGCUGGCUUCACCAAACCCUCUCCAAUUCAGAGCAAGGCCAUACCACUUGGAAGGUGUGGAUUAGAUUUAAUUGUUCAGGCUAAGUCUGGAACUGGAAAAACUUGUGUCUUCUCCACAGUGGCAUUAGACUCUUUGAUUCUGGAGAAUACUGCAACACAGAUUUUGGUGUUGGCUCCAACAAGAGAAAUUGCAGUUCAGAUCCAUUCAGUCAUUAUAUCUAUAGGGAGUCGCAUGGAAGGCUUGGAGUGCCAUGUUUUUAUAGGAGGUACACCACUACCACAGGACAAAGUUCGGUUGAAAAAGUGUCACAUAGCUGUGGGCUCACCCGGCCGAAUAAAGCAAUUAAUAGAACUUGGCUUUCUUAACACAUCCAGCAUUCGUCUAUUUAUUCUCGAUGAAGCCGACAAACUGCUAGAAGAGGGAAGCUUCCAAGAGCAGAUCAAUUGGAUUUACUCAUCUCUUCCUGCCAACAAGCAGAUGUUAACUGUUUCAGCCACAUACCCAGAAACCUUAGCUAAAGCCCUGAAAAAGUAUAUGAGGGAGCCAACAUUUGUCAGGUUGAAUGUAACUGACCCCAGCCUUCUAGGGUUAAAACAGUAUUACAAGGUGGUGAAUUCCCAUCCUCUUCCACACAAAACGUUUGAAGAGAAGGUGCAACACUUACAAGAAUUGUUCAGUAGAGUUCCCUUUAACCAAGCCUUAGUAUUCUCAAACUUGCAUAGCAGGGCCCAACAUCUCUCUGAAGUUCUUUCAGCUAAAGGUUUUCCAGCUGUGUGUAUAUCAGGCAGUAUGAACCAAAACCAAAGACUUGAUGCUAUGGCCAAACUGAAGCAGUAUCAUUGUCGUGUCCUAAUCUCUACUGAUCUUACAUCACGUGGUAUUGAUGCUGAGAAAGUUAAUUUGGUUAUAAAUCUGGAUGUACCACAUGACUGGGAAACAUACAUGCAUCGUAUUGGAAGAGCUGGACGUUUUGGUACCUAUGGACUUUCUGUCUCUUACUGCUGUCGAGGAGAAGAAGAGAAUUUGAUGAUGUCUAUAGCUCAGAAGUGCAACCUUCGACUACUACCACUACCUGAGCCAAUUCCAGACGGGCUAAUGGAGGAAGCUUGUGACUGGAAUGUUGAGGUCAUGUCGAUGAAGAACUCUGCUCAAGCUGUGAUGUCCGAACUGAAAACAGAUGAUUCUGGCAAAACACAAACUGUAGGCUUGAAUUCCUUACCAGAACUGGAUAAAAGCAAGAAAAAUACUAAAACUACUCAACCUAAGCAAAAGAAAGUUCCCAGAAAGAAGUCUACAGAAAAAGAAAAUCCACAGGAUUGGAUGCAUGUAGAAACAUCUAACUUGCCCAACAAAGCAGCUGAUACCAUUAAACUUAAGAAGACAGUACAAAGUGUGGAGAGCGACGGCAACAUCCAACAGGGACUAGAUAAUUCCCUUCCUAAAAUCCCAAGUUUAUCUUCUUUUAAACGUCCUGUGGUUUGCACAUCAUCUUUUGCUGAGCUUGUUGAAGAUUAUGAACAGUUUAUUAAGGAAGGCUUAGAGAAACAUGUAGAAAUCAUCCGAGUAUACUCAGACACAGGGAGUCACGCAGAGAGGCUUGCUUCUGAAAACCUGGACAAACAGAACAGCUCUGUUGACAUGCCUUCUGAUGCUGGAGACACUUCGGAACCAUGUAACCGGAGUUUGAAUUCUAGUGAUGAAAGAUAUAGCUCAUCCAGCUCCUUAUCAGAGAGUGAUGACAAUAGUGAGGAGUCCAGGCACUCACCGGAGGAGCUGAAGACCAAGAAGCAGUCAAGCUCUUAUCCCGAUCUCUCGACCAAAAGGACAGAUGAUGCCGAUGUUGGCCAGUUGAAUGUGGAAGACUUUCCAGCAUCUUCUGAUGUGCAGCAGGCAAGCUUGGUCAAGGCAAACUGUUAUGUUGGAAAAGACGUGAUCAUCAGUAAUUCCAAAAAGCUUAGGAAACGGGGGAAAAAAGUAACCCAACUGUCCAGAAGAGAACUAUGUCAGGAAACUCAGGAUGACAUGUAUCAGCUGGACUAUGCGAACGCCAGUGCGUUUCCUUAUGGUACCAUGAGCUAUAAUGAUUACUGGCGAUCAUAUUAUCAGGCCUGGCAGAACUACCACUCCGCUGUCUCCAGCUCUUACUACAGAAAUGUUUACAAGUGCUCCAACUGGAUGUCCGCGUACCACAUGCACUCCGUUUACCUCCACGAGAUGCUGAAGCCUUGAUGCCUCAUUUCAAUCACAGGAAACCUUCUCUCUAAAGUUUAUUAUUAAUCAUUCGCUAAAACUCUUUACCAGUCGUUUAGUUUUGUUUUGCAUUCUACCAAAGCAAGUCAUGUUGCUACUGGUGUAUUUCUUUAAGACACAAUGUCCUGUGCAUGAUCUGAAAAGUUACUUGCUUAUAGCAGAAUCUAAUAUUAUUAUUCUUACUAUUCUAUAGCUGAUAAAAACAUUCACGUUCUGUUAUGUACUAAAGAAGAACUGCCAGUUCUAUAAAGAGUGCCUUUUUCAAACACUAAAGUAGCACUAAACCUAAAAGGUUAUAAAUAUUAUAGAGGACUGUGUUGCCCUUUUGACAUUUCUGUUAUUUCCCAGGAAGUGUAUGAACAAAUUGACAACUGAAUGUUACCUUUCCCCUUCUACGUUCACACGCGCAGAUUUACAGCGUAUUUUACGCUGCAUAUCCGCUGGUGAAGGCCCGCUCUAUGCUGGCUUUACAUGUGCCUGCUCGUAGCGGCAAUACGCCGCUACCAGCAGACACACUGCGAUGUGGGAGUCGCAGUGUACUCUCACAUCGCAAGAGCUCUCUGCCUCGCUCAGAGCAGGGAGAGCGGCCACGAUGUGCGAGUACGCUGCACACAUCGCUGCACUGUGUCUGCUCGUAGCGGCGUAUUGCCACUACCAGCAGGCACAUAUAAAGCCAGCAUAUAGCGGGGCCUUCCCCAACGGAUCCGCAGCUAAAUACGUUACGAAAAUCCGCAUGUUUGCACGUACCCUUAAAGAGGUGGUCCUGCUCAUGAAACCUUUUUCAAAGUAAUGCUUGUCUGCUUGAUUCAACCACCAUACACAUAAGAUAGUCAUCUGACAUUAAAGGAGUUAUCCAGGAAAAAACUUCGAUAUAUAUAUAU